UAUUUUAAUGCACCAUCAUCGUUACUGUAAAGAGCAAUGGCGAAUCAUUUGUUUUACUAUAUCAAACGAAAUACUUUUGGCAUCGUCAAGUGAUCAUUUUCACUUCAUUAAACACUUAGGGUUUGUUGUGAUCCUCGGUUAUAUAUACGAGGCUUCAACAACUCCCUUCUCUCUAGCUAGCUGUAUAUAUAUGUUUCUUUCGUUCCUCUCCAACAUCACUACUUGAUUUUCAUGCUCCUAGAUAGAGUUCUUUAUCUUGGAAUUGUGAAGAUGUCUGUUGUCUCAGAUGUGUCGGUUCCAUCUGAUGUAACAAAAAGCCAGGAGGAAGCAGCUCUUGAUCCUACAAGUGCGAUUCUAUUCUUUGGACUUUGCAUGGUGUUGGGAAUAGGUUCAAGACAUUUAUGUCGUGGAACUAAACUACCUUACACAGUUGCUUUGCUUUUCAUUGGAGUUGGUCUUGGAUCACUAGAAUUCGGUUCGAACCAUGGACUUGGAAAACUUGGGGAGGGUAUUCGCCUUUGGGCAAGUAUUAGUCCAGACCUUAUCUUUGCUGUUUUUCUUCCUGCACUUCUCUUUGAGAGCUCUUUCUUGAUGGAAGUACACCAAAUCAAGAGAUGUAUAGGUCAAAUGCUUAUUCUUGCUGGUCCAGGUGUUCUGCUUUCGACUGUUUGUCUUGGAUCUGCGAUGAAGUUUGCUUUUCCAUACAAUUGGAGUUGGAAGACAUACUUGUUGCUGGCGGGGAUUCUUAGUGCUACUGAUACUGUAGCUGUUAUGGCUUUGUUGAAAGAGCUUGGUACGAGCAAAAAACUGAAGACAAUAAUCGAAGGAGAAUCAUUGAUCAACGAUGGGACAACAAUUGUUGUGUAUCAGUUGUUUUAUCGUAUGGUCCUAGGGGAGAACUUCAGUACUGGAGAUAUAGUCAAAUAUGUAACACAAGUUUCAGUAGGAGCUGUAGGUAUUGGCCUUGCUUUUGGAGUGGCAUCUGUUUUGUGGUUGGGGUUUAUAUUCAACGACACUGUUAUAGAGAUUUCGCUGACACUUGCUGUGAGCUACCUUGCUUACUUCACUGCUCAAGAGGGCGCUGGCGUGUCGGGUGUCUUGACUGUGGUGAUUCUAGGGAUGUUUUAUUCUGCAGUUGCUAGGACAGCUUUUAAGGGUGACAGCCAACAGAGUUUGCAUCAUUUUUGGGAAAUGGUUGCCUACAUUGCCAACACCCUCAUUUUCAUCUUAAGUGGAGUGGUUAUAGCUGAAUCUGUUAUUCACAGUGAGAACUAUACCUUUAAGCAUGAAACUUCAUGGGGUUACUUGAUUCUUCUUUAUGUUUUCGUCCAAUUGUCCCGCGUUAUUGUUGUUGGCACCUUGUAUCCAUUUUUGCGCUACUUUGGGUAUGGCCUGCAGUGGAAAGAAGCAAUUGUUCUUGUUUGGUCAGGCUUAAGAGGUGCUGUCGCGUUGUCUAUGUCAUUAUCAGUGAAGCGUGCAAGCGACAGUUCAACCUUUGUAAAUCAUGAAACAGGAACUCUGUUUCUUUUCUUUACCGGUGGGAUUGUAUUCAUGACGCUCAUUGUGAAUGGAUCAACAACACAAUUUCUUUUACGUUCCCUUGGUAUGGAUAAGCUAUCGGCUGCAAAGAAACGGAUCUUGGAUUACACAAGGUACGAAAUGAUGAAUAAGGCACUGGAAGCAUUUGGUGAUCUUGGAGAUGAUGAAGAACUAGGACCUUCUGAAUGGCCCACAGUGCAAAAAUAUCUUGCUUGUUUGAAUAACCUGGAAGAAGACCAGGUGCACCCUCACACUCAAUCUCAGAAUGAGAUCAACAUCGAUGCUAUGAAUAUAGAGGACACAAGAGUACGCCUUUUAAAUGGAGUCCAAGCUGCAUAUUGGGGGAUGCUAGAAGAGGGGAGAGUAGCUCAGCAUACUGCAACUAUCUUAAUUGGUUCAGUAGAUGAGGCAAUGGAUUUUGUCAGUCAUGAUUCUCUGUGUGACUGGAAGGGCUUAAGGUCCCAUGUUCACUCUCCAAGUUACUAUAGAUUGCUCCAGAUGAGCAUCUGUCCACGGAAGCUGGCGAGUUAUUUUACGGCGGACCGGUUAGAGUUAGCAUGUUGCAUAUGUGCUGCGUUUCUCCGUGCUCAUAGGAUUGCAAGGAGGCAACUGCAUGACUUUAUCGGCGACAGUGAAAUUGCUUCUCUUGUGAUCAAUGAAAGUGAAUCAGAAGGAGACGAAGCAAGGAAAUUUUUGGAAGACGUCCGCUAUACUUACCCUCAGGUUUUGCAUGUUGUAAAAACGAGACAAUUAACUUAUGCAGUGCUAAAACAUUUGGGUGAGUAUGUUCAAAAUCUUGAAAAAGUAGGGAUAUUAGAUGAGAAAGAGAUGAUUCAUCUUCACGAUUCUGUGCAGACUGACUUGAAGAAAGCUUUAAGGAACCCUCCUGUAGCAAAGAUGCCAAAGUCAAAUGAUAUGCUAAGAUUACAUCCUUUGUUGAGAGAACUUCCUUCUAUUGCACGCGUGCAUCUUGAAAUAUCUACAAAAGAAAUGACAAAGCCACAUGGAGUUUCACUUUGUGAAGAGGGUACUGAACCAAAUGGAAUAUGGCUUGUUUCAAAUGGAGUUGUGAAGUGGGGGAGUAAGAAUUUUAGAAACAAACAUUCUUUGCAUCCAACAUUCUCACACGGAAGUACUUUAGGCUUAUAUGAAGUACUAAACGGAAAGCCCUACAUCUGCAAUGUCAUCACAGAUUCUGUUAUAUCCGGUUUCUUUAUUGAAAGUGAAACGAUACGCUCCUUGCUCCUAUCAGAUCCUGCUGCAGAAGAUAUCUUGUGGCAGGAAAGUGUCUUAGCCAUUGCCAAAAUCCUUCUACCACAAAUUUUUGAAAAAAUGGCUAUGCAUGAGUUGAGAUCCCUUGUUGUGGAAAGGUCUGAUAUGAAUGUAUACAUAAGCGAGGAAAUUAUAGAAAUAGCCCCUCACUCCAUUGGAUUUCUAUUGGAAGGAAUUAUUAAAUCCGUAACUGAUCCAGAGGAAAUGCUGGUGUCUCCAGGGGUGCUGUUGCCCUCAUAUGGCGAUUUAAGCUUUCUCAGUUUGGAGACAUCAGCAGGUUCCAAGGAUGCAAUUUUCCUUCAUCAAAGAACCUCAUAUCAGGUUGAAACUAGAGCUAGGGUGAUUAUACUUGACAUGGCAACAGUUGAGGCUGACACUCAACCACGAAGGAGAAAAUCUUUGUGGAACCCUGCUGCAGCCGAAUCCCCUAGAUGCUUAAAUAGAGAGCACAGCGGUCUAGUGAGUUGGCCGGAAGACUUGUUCAAACACAAACGACGCCAACACAAGAAGCUGGGUAGUAGCUAUAGAAAGUAUCAAGAGUCCUCAGAGAAAAGAACCUCACAGUCAUUCAUAUCCAACGGUUCCAUCUAACGUACAGGCUCGGCGAUUUGUGUCUGUCCGAUCUGCAGGGUCUAAUAAUGCGAGGAAAACUAGCUUCACGCUAAAAGCUUUCAAAGAAUCAGAUGAAUAACUGUCAAUGGAAACACUAACUAGAGUGAUGGAGUGAUAUCUCAAGUGAUGAAUCCGUUAAAGAAAACGAACUCAUCGAGAGAAUAUUCCCCAAGCAGGCUUUUGUUUUAACACCUACCAUUUCCAUCCUCGUACAUGUAGAUCGUUAUAUUUCUGCUACUUUAGUUCCUUUUUCUCAUAUGAAAUUAAAUGGUUGUAAAUGACGAAUUAAAUUGAUAGACUCAAAUUCCUCCAAACCAUCUAAGAAAAUCGAAUUGCUCGAA